GGACGACCGUUAUUUACUUUACUGUUCAACUACAAACAUGCCUUAUACUAUAAAGGCAAGUUACUACGGGCAGAUGAGGAAGCUCAAGCCUCUGGAUAGGGAGGGCAUGCCCAACUGGGACGAGAUCUCCAGCGAGGUCCGGCGCGUGUUCUCUUGUGCAGAUAAUAUAGGCUUCGCGGAUAUCGCAUUCGUCGAUGGUGGGAAUCCUGCCUCACUCGACUGGGGGACGACCAUUCGCAAUGAACUCGACUGGCUUUACUUCCUCCGAAACAGAGUUUGGACAAGAAACGACAUCCCGCACAACGCAGUAUUCAAGGUGCAAGUCAUUGAUUGUUCGCAAACGAACGGUGCUAAGCAGGAGAGUCUCCUCGAUGAGAUCCACAAUUACCGCAGCCCUGCUACCGCCACUGUCACCGCGGCGCCUGCGCCGGCAUCUGUGCGCAGCGACACAUCCCACAAGACCGAGUCGUGCUGCUCGGUGUCGAAGGCAAAGCGUGAUAUGGCUGAGCUGCUGAAGAAAUUCACGUCCGACUUCGAGAAUCUCACUGUCGACUUCAAGGAGGGGGCAAACGAUGACUCGCAUGAAGAGGAAAAGGUACCUUCGCCACCUGCCAAGAGUGCCCCGCUGCCAAACCAAACCCAGCUUUCGCCUGUGGUGAUCAUCUGCGAUGGAUGUGAUUGCCAUGUCACCGGAAAGCGCUAUAAAUGCGAGACGUGUCCAGAUUUUGACUUCUGCGAAGAAUGCUAUAACUUAAACACAACGCGCUUCGGCACGUACGGUCACCCACAUACAUUCAAGGUUGCUUCUCUCGAUAUGGGAGCAGUAUGGUCCGCGCCUGCGGCCCAGUCCGCACCCGCGCCGCAGCCCGAACUCAAGUCCGCAGAAGAACCCGUGCACGGAGCGUUUUGCAACUCGUGCUUCCGUGGUAUUACUGGUACUAGAUACAAGUGUACCAAUUGCCUGGACUACGACCUCUGCAGUUCCUGCAUCCUUCAACGCACUAUUGUCCAUCGGCCCGGUCACAUCUUCGUCAACCUCCGCGAACCCGGCGAGGUCUUCACGUGGAACAUGGAGCACGAAGAGAAUAUGCCGGAUAUUAUACGCGCAUUUAAUGACGACCCGCCUGCCGGGUUUGAGUUCACACUCCAUCCUGCGACAUGCGAUAUCUGCAAUUCGGGUAUCGCGGGUGUGAGGUACAAGUGCCUCGACUGCCCAGACUAUGAUCUCUGCAGCGGGUGUCUCUUCCAUCGCAAGGAGCUUCACGACCCCGGUCAUCAUUUCCUGUUGAUCGAUCGCCCUACCAAUGUAGUCAAGCACCUCGUUUCCGAUGGUGUAGAGGAGCGCCAGCAUCGUCAUCAUCAUGAUCACCAUGACGGACACAGGCACUCACACGAGCAUACGCAUGACGGAGAGACCCGCGAAAGACGGCGUCAUCACCGUCAUCGACAUGCGGCACGGGGCCCAGAGCCCGUUCCCGCCAACGCCCCGGUCCCCGAGCCCAUUCCAGUGUUUGCGCCCUCUGCGCCUGCCCAUGGGGUUGGUGCCCGCUCUACUCACCCCGCCAACUGCAACAUGUGUUCCUCUCAGAUUGUUGGUGUGAGGUAUAAGUGCAUUGACUGCCCUGAUUAUGAUACUUGCGAGAGCUGCUUCGCCAUCACUGAAGAACAGCACCCCGAGCACUCCUUCAUCCGUAUCUCAAACCCAGCUGAUUUCAUCCGCCGCUCCGGUGCUUCAACCCGUCGCAUGCCGUCCCAUAACGCGACUUGCAAUGCCUGCAACGAGCGCAUUCCGUCCUCCGGCCCGAGAUACAAAUGCACGCACCCCUCGUGCCCUGACUUCGACCUCUGCCCAGAUUGUGAGGCACUUCCUAUUCCCGUGCACCCAGUUGAGCAUGCCUUGCUCAAGUUGCGCGUACCUGCCUCUAUGAUCGAGCCCCGCGAAGUCCUCAAGAAUGAGGCGCAGGAGGCGCCAGCCGAGUACCCUGCGUGGUGUGACAAUUGCGGUGGCAAGAUCGUUGGCGUGCGCUACAAGUGUGCCGAAUGUGACGACUUUGACCUCUGCGCGGCAUGUGAGAGCCUCCCUACGGCUCAUAACAAGGCCCAUGUGUUGCUCAAAAUGAAGAAGCCUGUGUACACCCGUGCGAGGCCAGACAUGAGGUCUCCUCGACCUAGGGCGUCGAAUAACCCUUUCAUUUCGCCUAAAGAAACUGCUACUGCUACACCCGAAGUUCUUCCGUCCCUUGGCUCAGAGCCCGUCUUGCCUCAAACCGAAUCGUCUGUUGUCUCGGAUCAGCUGGCAAAGAAUAUGACCCAGCGUCCUGCUGCCCCUAUCACUAUCGAUGCGCUGCUCAGCCAUCCUAUGACCUCCAUUCCUCCCAUUGUUGAUAUCAACAACAAGCCGUUCAAGCCGACCCUUGAGGAGUCGUCCGAGCUGCACGGCAUUUUUGUCGAAGACCUAUCCAUUCCCGACGGUCACCAGCUCCCACCCAACAGUCGCUUCAUCAAGCGCUGGCGUCUGUUUAACCCCGGCUCGGAGGCUUGGCCCGCUGACACCGCGCUGGCCUUCACGGGUGGUGCUCUUAUGGGCGCUCCCCUGAGUGUUUCUGUUGGGGCUGUUCCCGUCAAAAAGGACAAAGUCGUUGAGGUUGCGAUGCAGGCUGUGAGCUUAGGCAAGCAGGUUGGAUUUUGGAGCCUGAGUCAGGGUGGAAAGCUAUUUGGGGAUAGGCUUUGGGUUGACAUUGAGGUUAUCAACGUCACGAACACAUCUAUGCAAGCGUCUACGGUUGCCCGCGAGGGUUCUGCAUCGUCGUCUCUCGCGUCUUCUGUCGUCGUCAUGCCCGCUGCUCCGUCUGUUGCUGGAUCUGCAGCUGAUGCUGAUGCGCCCGCGCCCACAUCACCCCUCUCCGAGACCCGACCUGCCGAGCCUCAAGCUGAUAGCGAUGUCGAAGAGUCCAGCCAUGGUCUGUCCUCCAAUGUUUCCGUUGUUUCCUUGAGUGAAGGUGACUCUGAUGACGAAGAUUGGAACGAUGCAGCCUUGGCUGCCGGCCGAUCUACUGGUGUCCACCCGCCCGAGAUGGACGACGGUUGGGCGGAAGUCGCCAAUGCCCUGGAGCGGGAUGCUCAUCGUGCUUCCGCUGAUGCGCAGGCCGACCGGGAAGAUGCAGUCCUUAGGGACAGGAACGGCUACGUGCUAGUAUUUGAUGAGUCGGAUGAGGAGUAACCAGCAAACCAUCCCAAGGAGUCACGCUCACAGGUUCAAUGUAUUCUCUGUACUAUGAUAGCCCAAAAAAUAUGACAAUGUGAUUGAGCCCAUGAUACAAUUGCGGUAUCGUCUGAUGGCCGAAUUAGCUUGCCGGUCCACAACUUGCUUGCUGUGCUUGAGAGACCGGAUUCCCACACAAUGAAGCGCCCUGUGGUCGGUCGAUGCCAGCCCGGUCGGUCAAUAGCUUCCCGUGUGCGGCCAAUAGAUUACCGAGGACUUCCAUCAUUCCUGGCGUUCCGAUACAAUCCUAUUUGUGACCUAAACCCAUUGUCAGCUGAAUCAGCAUCAGUAAGCUUACGUCCCGAAGACAUGGUACGAGGAAUGAACAGGGAGGAGAAGAAAACCGCUCAGAUUGCAAACUAACAUAACCCUCAUGCAGCGGCACACGUGCGCCAAGUUCAUGCAUGAAGAACCUUUGGCAAGCACCAGGCGGAUG